CUCCGUCCUCCCCGCGGGUUGAGCUCGGCGAGCGCUGCAGCGCGGGGAGGGCGGGAGGAGGGCGAGCGGACGAGGGGGCGGGGAGGGGCGCGGGGCUGCGCGCUCGGCCGCGCUCUCUUUCGCUUUGGUCCGCGGCUGCAGGCGAGAGGACCCCCCCCCCCGCCCGCGCCGCUUUGAGGCUUUUUCCCCGGCGCCUCCCCGCCGCCCCCGGUCCCGGCGCGGGGCUCGGGGAUGCCCGCCAGCAUGUUCAGCAUCGACAACAUCCUGGCCGCCCGGCCGCGCUGCAAAGACUCGGUGCUGCCGGUGGCGCCCAGCGCCGCGGCUCCGGUCGUCUUCCCGGCCCUGCACGGGGACUCGCUCUACGGCGCGGGCGGCGGCGCCUCCUCGGACUAUGGCGCCUUCUACCCGCGGCCCGUGGCCCCCGGCGGCGCAGGCCUCCCGGCCGCGGUCGGCGGCUCCCGCCUCGGCUACAACAACUACUUCUACGGGCAGCUGCACGUGCAGGCGGCCCCCGUGGGCCCGGCCUGCUGCGGGGCUGUGCCGCCGCUCGGCGCCCAGCAGUGCUCCUGCGUCCCGACGCCCCCAGGCUACGAGGGCCCGGGCUCGGUGCUGGUGUCCCCGGUCCCGCACCAGAUGCUGCCCUACAUGAACGUGGGCACGCUGUCGCGCACCGAGCUGCAACUCCUCAACCAGCUGCACUGCCGGCGGAAGCGGCGGCACCGCACCAUCUUCACCGACGAGCAGCUCGAAGCGCUGGAGAACCUCUUCCAGGAGACCAAGUACCCGGACGUGGGGACCCGCGAGCAGCUGGCGCGGAAGGUGCACCUCCGCGAGGAGAAAGUGGAGGUCUGGUUUAAAAACCGCCGUGCCAAGUGGCGGCGGCAGAAGCGGUCCUCGUCGGAGGAGUCGGAGAACGCAGAGAAGUGGAACAAGACCUCGUCCAAGGCGUCCCCCGAGAAGAGGGAAGAGGAAGAUGGGGCCCGAGAAGGAGCAUCCCCGGAGCACAGCUGGUGGGCUGGUCAGCAGCUUGUGAAGGACUGGAGAGGCAGAGAAGCUUCUCGGUGCUGGUGCCGCCUGAGCGCUUGGGACAGGGAUGAAGACAAGAACAUGCAUUUUGUAUGGUUCCCCAGGCCACCGGGCAGCGGUUGGGGUGGGUGGAGACCAAGGGCCAGCAGGAAUGGUUUUUAAUGCUUCAACUUUAUUGAUUUUACAAUAAAUCCAUUUUAUAGAUAAGGAAGCUAAGGCUCUGAGAGCUUCCCGGGGUGGUGGACUUGUGUGCUAUCCAGGGAAGUAAUGCCCUUGUUCUACUUUCUUCGGCUGCCUGGGGUAUUUGUGGUACCGUCCUUCCAGGGGAAGAUUGUGCAUCCUGGUUGCGGAACCAGCACAUGCAGAAGGGCUUUUUACAAGAGGCGGCAUUUUUCCCACAGCAUUUUCAUGUUUAAAAGGUAAAAGUGACUCCUGGAGCAUGUGAAGGGACACUUACGAACUAUGGAGUAACUCUCAGACCGCCUUUUUAAUAAGGAGCAUCCCUAGGUGGAAGCAGGAGACAGCUGUUUGGAGGCCAGGUGUGCCUUGGGGGUGUCAGGGUCGCCUUGGUUCAUGUGUGACCUUGAGCAAAUUACCGAACACCUUUGGCUUUGCACCUUCUGUGACUAUAAAAUGGGCACAACCAGAAUAUCUGCUUCCCUGGGGUUGGUGUGGACACAAACUCAAUUAGAACAGCUGGCAUAGGAGAAUCCUUCAGCAUGGCUUCUAAUUUAAAAAAAAAAAUACUACUAUGAUUUAUAUUGUCAGACCCAGCGCUUCAAGAUUUAUGUACAUUAUUUCAGUUUACUUUUCAAGAAACUGAGAUGCGGAGUUCUCACCAUUUUCCAAUUGAGAAAAUUAAGGUUCAGAAAAGUUAAAUGCUUUAACAACAUUCAGCAUUAGCAAAUAAUCAUCUUUGGGCAUCCUUGCCCAAGUAAGUUUUCUACCGUAAUUGGAAAUGUUUCCACUAAUACCAGUUCCGGUGAGAAAUACUUAAGAGGCCAUUGCAUUCAUUUCAAAUGAACCUUAGACUUCAGACUUCCAUGGUUGAGAAAGCCUUGCCUUUCCCUACGCCCCUCCUCCAUUGCUGUUCCUAAGUACUGUCACCUGUCCCAUUGGAGACUGGUGAGCCUACAGGGGGAGCCAGGAAGAGCUCUGACUUCUACCCCUACAGUCUAGAACACUCUAACAAUGUAGGACCUAAGUGGGCAGUGUCAUUCCAGCCUGAGACAUCUGACAUUCCAGAACUCUAACUCCUGUGUCUCUGUCUGUGACUUACCCUUGGACUCCCUAUAAACAGGAAUCAUUUAAAAAAUGACCUGCAUUUGUCUAAUCUGGAGAGGUGGCCUUAUCAGGUGCCAGGGAGAGAGAGAUUGAAGGAGGAAGAGGUCCUCAGACAUUCCUCCCCCAGGAGCACUCGGUGAAAAGCCAGGACAAAUGGAGUGUGCAAGGGGGGGUGGGGGCAGAGCCAGGGAGCUGCUCUAGCUUGGUGACAAGACAAAGGUCCUUUCCUGUCUGUGUCUCCAUGCCGGAGGAUCCUGCACCAUGCUUCAGCCUAGGCCCAGCUCACUGGAAACGAACAUAAUAAACUAAUCUGGAGUGAAGAGGGAAAUGUCAGGAAGGUCUCAUACACCUCACUCACUUCCGGAUUCCCCAAUCAGCUAUGCGGCUCAUUUUGUCUGGAGCCAGGGAGGGCUAAUGUCAUGGAGCAGAGGACACCUGGGCUUCAAGAGCUGUCUUUGGGCCUUGUAAUUGUCUUUGGUGAGAAUUGGGAUCACAGUGUUGGAACGUGGCAUAUAUAUGUGCUGGAGGGGGCACUGCCUGAAUGGCCUGUAGCCUGUACAACCUUCCCUCCAAAUGAGAGUGUUGUCCCCAUUUGACAGUUGAGCAGACUGAGGCACAAAGUUAACACAAGGGCCCAAAUGAGAACUGUCAUCUUUAAAAGAUAAGCCUUUUUUUUUUUUUAAAGACUUUAUUUAUUCAUGAGAGACACAGAGAAAGAGAGACAUGGGCAGAGGGAAAAGCAGGCUCCCUGUGGGGAGCCUGAUGCAGGAUUCGGUCCCAAGACCCCGGGAUCCCACCCUGAGCCAAAGGCAGAUGCUCAACCACUGAGCCACCCAGGUGCCCCAGGACAAGGCCCUUAGUUUCCAUAAAUUGGUCUGCCUCGCUGAACUAAGCAUUCUUUUUGGUGGUGGUGACAGGCUGUGCAUAAAAGUUCCCCUACAGCAAAUGAUGCGGGAACGAAUGCACUUGCCCCUGGGGGACGUGGGGAUUAAUCUGCCCUAAAGUGCCAGAAAGAUUCUGGCAAAGAAUGACAAUGAUAGCCUCUCCCAGGAGUCUAGCACUUUCCACCCCAGAGCCCUUCCUACAUACAUCUCUGGCCCUCUGCAGGUGAGAAUCAGCAGCCCAUUUUGCAGAUGAGAAGUAGAGGUUCAGACAAACUAAAUGCCUUGCUGGGGACACACAGUAAAUGGCAGAUCCCCCAAACCCCAAGCCUGAGCAGACUGUCCCGCACACCCCUUGGGGUGGCAGCAAGGUAUGAGGUAAUGGCUUCCAGCUGCCCCAGGGCGAAGGAGGGCCCUGGCUUCGGGCAGCUGACAAGCACCAAGAAGGUGGGGGUGGGGGCGGUGUGGCAGGGGAAGAAACCAGAUUCUCGGGUUCUGGGUAUACCGCGUGGAGGGUAUGUUCUCACCAUUGUUGCAGUGGGUUGGGGGGGUGGGUGGAAGGGCCUGAAAACAAGUGCUUGAUCAACCGUACCCCUGGGGUGGAUGUGUCAGUGACGGUUCUUGAAUCCAGUUGCCUCUUACUGACUUCUGAACUUUGAGCUCAUGUCUUAGGAGCCUGGUGUGAAGGAUGCCCUUUCAAUGGGUACCUGUGAGAUGGAAGCUGGUGGAUUCCUCUUGUUUCUUUGUGUGGGGGAGGGGAGGAACUGGAGGCUGAGAGGUAGGGGUCACAGGGCGCUCUUUCUGAAUUGUGCUCAAGUGGAAUUGUUCCCGCACCAGGGCUCCUCCCCCACCGUGAGGAUCUCCUCCAGUCAGGUCCCCCCCAAUUCACUGUCCCUUGUUCCUGGCACGUUGCAAACGCAAACCUCCACCUUAAGGAAGGCGGAAUCCCAGCCUGGGGGCCUGCAGGGGUGUGGGGUAGGGGUGGAGAGUGACAGUGGUGUGGCAAGUGGACUGGCUGGGUGGCUGGUACAGGUGUGCAUCUGGAUGGGGCCACGUGCUCAGUCCCCUGAGUGACCCUGGAGAGGUUCCUUCCUCACCUGCACGAUGGGCUCGGCUGGGGGAUUAGAGAUAAUGUAAGAACCCAGCAGAGUGUCUGACACAUUUAUUAUCGUGCGCUUUGAAAAACACCCUCCAAUUGUCUGGAUAAUGCCCUGCCUGCAUAAGUAGGUUGGAGUUAGGAAUUAAGGAAUGCCCCCUUGUUUUUAAUUGUCCCUGGCUUAGGAGUUUAUGCGUGACCGCAGGACACAGACUGUAGUGACAUUAAAUGUGACUGCGGUGGAUUUAAGACGAGGUGUGAUAGGUUGUAUUCUCCCUAAGAGGUUUAGGACAAGGAGAUGUAGGGUGAAGGAGAGAAUGCCCAGGGGUGUGGGUUCGGAUUCCACUUCCGAGUUUUAUGAAAUGACCUUGAAGUUUUGCAAAAGUUAAAAAUGAAAACAAAACUGCUGCAGCCAGCGCACAGCUCCCUGAAAGUUCCAGAAGAGACGAAUAGGCAGCUGGAACUUUCCGUUGCGGGGGGCUUCUCACUCUUUGGGGAGACACGGUGUGUCCCGAGGCCUGUCCCUAGACCCAUGUUGACAACACAGAAGACCUCUGGCUUGGUUUUAAAUCUGGGAUGGGGAGAAAAAGCCAUUGUCUUUUCAGUCCAAACGACCCACGGAACGAGCAGGAUAAAUUACGGCGUGUUGCGGUAUUUUUAAGUGUGUCUAUAAUUUUUGGCUUCCAGCAGCCCUCAUUUGUUCUCAAGUGUCCAGCCCUGGGAAGCAUCAGUGAAGAGAGAUCUUAAUCCCACUCUCAAACCCUCUCUUCCUUGGGAGUUCGAGACACUUGUACCUUCUGUUUUGCUAAUUCCGAGGUCCUCUGGAGUCUGCUGACCAGAGCAAGCGACCCACCUACCCCUACCUACCGGGUCAGUUGUGUGAGCUGCAUUUUGCAGAUUGUCCUCCCUCCGUCCCUCCCUUAACCUGAGCAGAUUUAUAGAAGCUAUAAUUAGUGAGGUAAUUUUAGCUGUGAUGGACAGAGUUCAAAACUGUCUAUAUCCUUUCCCCGAUCUGCCCGUUGGAUAAUGCCGAGCCCGGGAAAUGCUUCCACCCUGUUGCAUUAUCGGGGAGGCUCCUGACCCCCGAAAAUGCCAGCACAACGGGUUAAAGAGACCAGUUCUCUUUGUCGGACCGAGCGAGGCCGAGCUCCUUCCCUGGCGUGAACAUUGCUUUCCUCCGGCUGUUGCCCUGUUCCCAGUGCUCAGGACUCACACAUGGUAACUUGUUUAACAUUUUUCGUGGGGGAGGAUGGGGCGGAGGCAGGAAUAUCUUAAAAGUAAGCAUUUUUCAGAGGAAUAAACCACCAUGUCCUGCAGCCUGCAGUGAGAAAGAUGGGGUGCUACAGGUGCAGUGUCCCAAGUGGCCGUCCGGCACGUGGCCACGGGGCUGCCCUGAGAAGGGACAUAGCGACAAGGGCCUCCCUCCAGCGAGGGGGUGAGCGUGUGGCUUGGGAGGGGCUCCCCCAGCCAGGUAGGGGCUCCCUCCCGGCAGGCCAGCCUCGGGGCCGGCGUGGUCUGGAUCACACCAGCCAGUGUUUGACCAGCCGGCCUCACCGUGACUGUGUCCCCUUUAAUCGUGUCCCAAGCAAAUUAUUGACAUCACCCAGCAAGGCCUGGAGACGCUUCUUUCCAGAUGGAGUAUGGCUAAUCCUCCUUUGAAAAUCCUCAAAGUGCUAACUAUGGGACCAGAAAAAUAAGACUGCCCUUCUCCAAGAAGCAGGGAGGCCCAGAGCGCUUGGAAAGUCCCCCCUCUGCGAGGGAGACUCAGAACUCUGUGAAGUCGGAAUCCCAGCUGGUUGUUUCAUCUGAAGAUGUUCAGACUUGGGGCCAGAUGGCUGGGACAUUAGGGGAUGCGCAUGUUCAACAUUGUUUUGUAUUUGAGGAAUAAAUAUUUAAAUCUGAAACCAAGUGAAUCACUUUCUACUGAAGUGGGGCAGGGAUGGAAAGUUGUGUGUGCUUCUUGAUGUAGCCCCCUGCCCUAAACAUAACCCCAGGGCGUGUGAUUCCUGCCAUGCUGGGAACCUUUAAAAAGGGGGUACCCCCUUGGCGGGCUGGUGCAGGACACCAGAACCGUGGUGGUGGUGGUGCUUCCUCUGCUUUAGGGUUGCCAGCUCUGUUUCGUGUCUGCUUUUACCCUAAGACCCCCAAGGCGCAUGGAUGCAAACUGGGGACCCCCGUCCCUUUGUCCUCAGCUUGGUGAAAACUCCCAGGUUCUGUUUCAGCUCGGACCGGUGUCGGAACUGGUCUCUGAUACAAAUGUCAGCGGCUGAAGUCUUAAUCCUUUUCUGGACUGUCAUUAAAACUCUCAAAAGAU